AUGAAUACUCAUUCGCUUGACCUAUACUCAAACAAGGAAAACCAGAUCUCCAAAAAGACUCCAAGAGUUGCAGAAAACCGGUUCAGAUCCUUUGGCCAUGAUAUUACCAAUAUAACUCUUCGCCCUCUUGAUAUUGACAGCCAAGAUUCUUUUGAUCCCCAACGGCUUGGCUAUUAUGCUCACGAUAUUUUUAACUAUCUUCAAUCAAUUGAAAAAUGGUGCAUGAUUUUUGCAUUUUUUUUACAGUUUUCCCAAAAUAAAUUAAUAAUAAAUUAUCGUUUAUAUGCUGAUUUUUGAACUUUACCACCUAAAUGUGGAAUCUUUUCCACAUAUGAAGCCCUUUUGAUUUCACAUGUGGAAUCAUCUUUUCACACGCGGAAAAGAUUCCACAUUUAUGUGGUAAUGUUCAAAAAUCAGCAAAUAACGAUAUCAUAUAAAAUUAGCCGAAAAAUUAUAUAUUCCGAGAGAAGGCUAUAUGAGACGACAGCAUGAGAUUAACGAAGGAAUGAGAGCAAUCUUAAUAGACUGGGUCAUAGAAGUCCACCUGAAAUUUAAGCUUCUUCCAGAAACGCUUUAUUUAGCAGUCAAUUUAAUUGACAGAUAUCUAGAAAUUGUGAAUGUUAGCACCUCGAUUUUGCAGUUAAUUGGAGUUUCUGCACUUUUGAUAGCUUGCAAAUAUGAGGAAAUUUAUUUUCCAGAUAUAAAAGAUUUAGCAAAAAUAACAGAUGACACCUAUACAAAAGCAGAAAUUUUAGAAAUGGAAGCGAAAAUCCUCAGCACGCUGCAAUAUAACAUUACAACGCCCAGCUCAUUUAGGUUCUUAGAACGCUAUUCCAGGCUAUGUGAGUUUGAGGAAAAAGAUUUCCAUUUCGCACAGUAUCUUAUAGAGAUGACACUUAUGGAGUACAAAAUGAUCAAAUUUUCUCCUUCUAUUAUAGCUAUAUCAGCAGUUUAUUUAACAAAUAAGCUGAAUGAUGUAAAAGAUCUAUUACCAAGUGCAUUGAUUGAGCAAACUAAAUACAGCAAACAAGAUUUAAAGGCUUGUACAAAAGAACUGCAGCUAUGUCUGCAAAAUAUCAAGCAUGCUCAGCAACAUGCCUUAGUGAAAAAAUUUUCACUGCCAAGAUUUAGUGAAGUUGCCAAGUCUGUAAACUUACUCCCCCCCUCCGUGAGUGAACAAAACCAUUAGAAAAAUCGCCAUUUUUUGCCCAAAAACCCCCGUGACUGAACAAAAAAUUUUUUAUGGAAAAAAAAAUUGAUAUAUAAGUGAUAAUUAGUACAAUGAAAUCUCGAGCUAAUUAUAUUUAAUUUUAAACAAAUUACGUUUUAAAACAUAAAUUUUAUAAUAAAUCAAUAUUUGCUUUCCAAUUUUUGCAAAUUAGGAUUUUUUUUAAAUUUCGAAGAAAAAAAAAAUUCUAUAAAAUUUAUAUAUAAAUUUUUUAAAAAAAAAAACAAAUGAACCCCUCCGUGAGUGAACAAAAUUUUUUUUGUUCACUCACGGAGGGGGGGUGGGAGUUAGGGACUUACUUAUAA